AUGCCUUCUUGUAAAGAAAUUCGCAGGGAACUCGUCGAUUGCUUGCUCAAAUCCGACUGUGUAGUAGUGAAACGCCACACUGUUAAAGAAUGUUUACAAUUCGAAAAUGCUGCAGAUGUGCCCGAAGAAUGUCAAAGCAUUCGAAGAAGUUUCUUUGAAUGUAAAAGAAGAUUGCGUAUUAUGGCUGAGGCUUUCAUUGGCUUGAGUGUGCACGUCGAACUUAGUAAUGAUUCCUCAUUGGAAGGAACUGUUUCUCAUAUCGAUUCUCACACACAACUGUUAACUCUUAAAAAUGUGAAGCUUUACAACAACGGUCGUUUUCAACAACUCGCUAUAUAUGGGGUAGCUGGCACAGAUAUUAAAGAUCUCCAAAUAAUUGCUUCGAAUCAAUUAAACCAGUCAAAUAUCUCUCAACAGCAGCGACAAGUACAACCUCCUUAUAAUAAUGCAAAAAACAUGGAACCUGCCAAGCUACCUUCAACAAACGCCAUCUCUGCUACAAAUAAUGCUGCAAAACAUGGAACAAUUCAAAAUCAAUUAUAUUCCUCUGGCCUGUUAUCAAAAUCGCCUUUUACAGAUCCUGCGAUUAUUUCGCAAAUCCACCCUCAACCAACUUUAUCUGGCUCGCGCACGCCCUCAAAAACAACUCAAACGGGUUCAACAAUAGAUAGUGAUUCUAAAGGUGAAGAGGAGGAAGAACUUGUGAAAACAUCAAACGGUAAUCAUCAUAAUGGGGGUGAAUCGAGUGGAGCUGAAUCUGGUAGCGUGACAUACGAUCAAAAAAAGACAACGAGAAGAAGAAAGAAUCUGAACACAAACGGCCAUCAUCAAAAUUCGCGAACGGCUCAGUCUCCAGCAAGAAGAUCCAGACGUGGCCGUCGACAAACUCAUGAGUGGGCUGGUGGUGAUGUUAACGACUUUAAAUCGAAAGAAUUUGAUUUUCAAGGCAACUUGAAUUUAUUUGAUAAAGAAAAGGUGUUUGCAGAAAUCAGAGAACUAGAUUCCACAGCACCAGAAAAUCUUCUUGUCAAUAUCAAUCGUAAUCCAAAUUUUCGUUCAAAUGGUCGUAAUGGUGGCUCUCAAUUAAAUCAAGCUACAUUACCAAAAUUGGCACCUCAUGAAAACGUUUUGGAAACUUCUUCACGAAAGACGAAGUUUUAUCAUACUGAUGAAGAAGAUGAUGUGGCUAAUGACGGUGAAGUUGACUCUGAUGGUUCUUGGAAAAAGAAGAAAAAAGCUAAUGGUGUUGGUGAUCAUAGAAAAGUUAAAAUAAGGACAUUAACUGGCGUUGCAUGUCCGACUGUCCAACCUGUCCAGAUGGUGGAAGUUGAAAGGAUUGCUGCGACAGAAACUGGUCCUAACGAAGAUCAAAUGAUUGAAAAUGCUGGUAGGGGAGCUUCUAUGAUGUGUCUCCAGGCGCUUGGUGGUUCGCGGCGUAUACAACCACACAACCAUAAUGCAGCUCCAUUAGUAGUAAUACUUGCCGGUAAUAAUAAAACUGGUGCAUAUGGUCUUGCUACCGCACGACAUUUAGCAAAUCAUGGGUGUCAUGUGAUCUCGUGUGUUGUCGGAAAAGACAAAGACUUACUCAAAAGUGUUGCCUAUCAACAGAAGAUUCUACAUCCAACCGGUGGAAGGUCUGUUAAAACUGUGGCAGAACUGCCGCAGCAAUUCACCAAUCCUGUUGAUCUGAUUGUUGAUGCCCUACUAGGAUAUCAAUUCACCUUACGAGAUGUAGCAGAUGAACAUGAAAAACUCUUGAUAUGUGAAUUGAUUGAUUGGGCCAAUGCUAAUAAAGCUCCCAUUCUAAGUUUAGAUAUGCCAAGUGGAGUGAAUGGAAAUACAGGUAAUCCUAGCAAUCCUGCCCACUGCAUUCAUCCAAAAUGGACGCUAUGUCUCGGGGCGCCUAAGAGUGGGUGUAAAUCUCGUGCUGUUACUGGUGAACUAUUUUUAGCUGAUAUCGGUAUUCCACGAAUUUGUUGGAAAAGAAUCGGAGUUAAAGGAUGGGGUCUUGAAGAGGGGGAAGAGGAAGGGUAA